GUGGCGACUCCGCGCGUAUUCCUUUCUUGGAAGACGCACCCGCGAGCCCCGCGUCGCCCUCCCGCCAAAGGGUAGGUUGUGACAGAAAGAUCGGACGAGGAAAUAUAGAUUGAUUAUAUUUCUUGAAGGAGACUACCAAUUUAGGGUUGUAACAUGCGUUGAGAUGCUUGAAAGGCCAAGUUAACUCUAUUAUAAGGGAAAGGAGCUUCUAUUUUUACUGCAACAAAAAUCUUGGGCAUGAUAUGGACAUCUACAUGUACAGGAUAUAGUAACUAUCACAAACUAAACUACACACACAAGAUCCGGGGUUUGAUCAACCAUCAUGUCUGACGAAGUCAACAACGUUUUCAAGAAAUAUCUCAACCAACUUCAGCUUCAUCCUCUCAGAACCAAGUUUUAGGCGAUUAUUGUGGCAGUUUUGGCUGGUUUUAGUGAUGCAGUGGCACAGAAGUUAUCUGGGCCAAGAAACUUCAGUUAGAAGGGUACUUCUUUUCAUGCUCUAUGGUUUUGCCUACUCUGGGCCCUUUGGACAUUUUCUCCACAAAUUGAUGGAUAAAAUAUUUAAGGGGGAGAAAGGAUUAGACCUCUCCAGAGGAGCAUUCCGAAACAAUUAUUUGGUCUGGAAAAGAAAACCAGCAAUCAUGCAGUUCAGAGCCACAUUCCACAAUGAUAGGGACAUAAUAAAAGUCCCAUUUUUUUACCACAUUAGGUGGGCACCAAAAUAUCUCGAAUAUGUCCGCUUCAAAUAUAAUGGAGCUGUAUACCAAAUCCAAGUCAGACUCCAUAAGGGAAAAGUUUUUUUUGCUGAAGGACUGAAACAGUUUAGAAAAGAAUUAGCCAUUUAUGAAUCUACCAUCAUUCAUUUCUUUGCCAUUGACCACAUCUUAGUAUUCGACCUUCAUUUCAGUCCACCACUAGAACAGCAGACCUCCGAAAGAUCAUGGAUGAUAUCCAUGCAGCAUAUUUGGACACUUGAAAUAACGCAAUCAAUGAUUGACGCACUGCACCCUUUGAAUCUUUCAAGCUGUGUAACUAGACAUCUAAAUGGCUGCGAUCAACACAUGACAAUCCUUAGAAGAUUAGGGCCUCCGUUACAGUGGAAUGUUAUUGUUCUUGAUAUUGGUUGGAAUUGGUGAAAAAUAUGUUGUGCAACCUUGGUAUAAAUUCCUUGAAGAAAGUAAUUUUUCUCAUGGUGAUGAAAUCUCAUUCUACUACAGACAUCAUGAACAAAUUUGGGAAAUUAUUAUUAGAAGUCAAAAGGAUUGGGACAACAGUGAUACUGAUAGUGACUAAAUUAAGUUUAGGUUUUUUGUUUUGUUUACUAACAUUGCCUUGGUCAAUGAGUAAUCUAGCUU